GCGCCUGCGCGCUCUCGCGCUCCUGCCGCGCCUUGGACCGAGCGGCGGCGCCGAGGCCCGGAGCUCCCAGCCAGAGCCUCUCUCCGGCGUCGUUUCGGCCUCUCGGCUCGCCUGAACCCCGUGUCUGGGCUAGGUAGGAAACAUGAGCGGAAACAACUUGGGUGCGAAUGAGGAGUUUGAUGAGCAGUUGCGAAUGCAAGAAUUGUAUGGAGACACCAAGGACGGCGACACUCGGGGCGAUCUCGGCGAAGAACCCGAUUCUCUGGGGCAGCAGGCGGCCGACACCCCGUACGAGUGGGACCUGGACAAGAAGGCUUGGUUCCCAAAGAUCACCGAAGAUUUCAUUGCUACGUAUCAGGCCAAUUAUGGCUUCUCAAAUGAUGGCGCAUCUACUUCUACUGCAAACACACAAGACAUCAGCGCCAGGCCUGCAGAGGACCCUGUGCAAAUAAAAACCCCUGAACCCACUGACUCCAGAAAGAAGGGAGAGAAAAGAAAAUCGGAACCAGGAUGGUUUCAUGUUGAAGAAGACCGAAAUACAAAUGUAUACGUGUCUGGUUUGCCUCCAGACAUUACUGUCGAUGAAUUUAUACAGCUUAUGUCCAAGUUUGGCAUUAUUAUGAGAGACCCUCAGACGGAAGAAUUCAAGGUGAAACUUUACAAAGAUAAUCAAGGAAAUCUUAAAGGAGAUGGGCUUUGCUGUUAUUUGAAGAGAGAAUCUGUGGAACUUGCAUUGAAACUUUUGGAUGAAGAUGAAAUUAGAGGCUACAAAUUGCAUGUCGAGGUGGCGAAGUUCCAGCUAAAGGGGGAAUAUGAUGCCUCAAAGAAGAAGAAGAAGUGCAAAGACUAUAAGAAGAAGUUGUCUCUGCAACAAAAGCAGUUGGAUUGGAGACCUGAGAGGAGAGCUGGACCAUCCAGGAUGCGCCACGAACGAGUUGUCAUCAUCAAAAACAUGUUCCAUCCUAUGGAUUUUGAGGACGAUCCAUUGGUGUUGAAUGAGAUAAGAGAAGACCUUCGAGUAGAGUGUUCCAAGUUUGGGCAAAUUAAGAAGCUCCUUCUCUUUGAUCGGCACCCCGAUGGCGUAGCCUCUGUGUCCUUUAGAGAUCCGGAGGAAGCUGAUUAUUGUAUUCAGACACUUGAUGGAAGGUGGUUUGGUGGCCGUCAAAUCACUGCUGAAGCAUGGGACGGGACUACAGAUUAUCAGGUGGAGGAGACCUCCAGAGAAAGGGAGGAAAGGCUGAGAGGAUGGGAGGCAUUCCUUAAUGCUCCGGAGGCCAACAGAGGCCUUCAGCGAUCAAAUUCUGUUGUUGCAUCAGAUGGGGCAGGGCCUUCUAGAGUAAGGCAUUUUUCAGAGCACCCUAGCACAUCUCAGAUGAAUGUGGAAGAAUCCGCAACCAAAAUGGCACUUGAAGAGCCUAUUGAUGAGAAGUUCGAGAAGACAGAAGAUGGGGGAGGAUUUGAAGAAGAUGCUGCUGAAAAUGAUGCUAACGGAGGCGGCCCCGGAAAAGAAGGCGAAGAAGAUGACGAGAGCAGCCCGGAGCGAGAGUGUGAAGAAGGCAGUCCUUUACAGGAGAGGGCAGAGAGUAGUCCCAAAGAGGAGUUGAAGGAGAAUGGGCCCAAAAGAGAAUCUCAGAAGAGAUUCAGAAAUGAUGAUGAAGAGAAGAGCGCUGUGGAGGAGCCUGAGGACGAUGAGCCCCAUGAAGAUUCUGAAGAAGGUGAUGACUCAGAGAAGGAAUCUGAGGAAGAUCAGUCCCAAGAGCACUCCCACGACGGCUCUGAAAAAGAGUUAGGUGGCAGUGGUGUUGAAAGAAAUUUUGACGAAGAGGGCUCUGAGCAGGAGUUUCAUGACAAUGUUCCCUACACUGAGUUACAGGAAAACGACACAGACCGGUCAGAUUUUGAUGAGGGCUCUGAAAGAGUGUUAGGUGAGGAUGGGUCUGAGAGAGAGUGUGAAGAUUCAGAAGAAAAGGAAGAAGAAGAGCCAUAUGAGAAAGUUUUUGACGAUGAGUCCGAUGAAAAAGAGGAUGAAGAAGUAGAUGGAAAGGAGCCUGAGAGUGCUGAGACAAAGGAGGGAGAAACCAAUGCAGAGGGAAAGUUCUUUGAAGAUUCUGAUGAAAAGGAAGAGGAUGAAGAUACAGAUGUGAAGGGAGACGGUGGUGUAGAAGACAAGUUAUUUGAAGAUGAUGAUUCCAAUGAGAAGUUAUUUGAUGACGAGAAUUCCAAUGAGAAGUUCUUUGACGAUUCUGAUGAGAAGGGGACUUUGGGUGGUUUUGAGAAUGUUAAGGAAGAAGGGACCCUGUCCACCGGCAGUAGCUUUGUGCUGAGUAGUGAUGAAGAUGAUGAUAUUUGAUCUCUUAAAUUUGCUUCUUUGGGAGAGUCUGUCAUCUCCAUCUGCCUGUGCUUCAGGGUCAUUACUACUAGUGUUACUUGAACACAUGCAUAGUGAUAGGAUGCCAUCAAAUCAAUGCAUUAAAGUUUUUUCAUCGUUACCUGUGCCUAACAAUUUUAAAUAUGUUCCUUGGCUGUUCAGUUCCAACCUCAGUUACGAUGCAAGCAAACUGGAUACUUGUCCCUUUGUCAGAUUUGUUAAAUGCAUGCAGAAUAAUAUUUUUAAAAGUAUUCUGAUUGAAGUUUGUGAUAUUAAAAAAUAAGAAUAAAUUGAUAUUAUGCAAAAACGAAAUAUUGUGCUUUGAGUUAAAUUGUAUUUUAAGUUCUGGCUAUUGUUUUAUUCACACUAAAGGUUAAUUUUUUUUUUUUCCUAAGAACUAAAAUCCCACAGGCGUCUGACUUUCAUCUUGUGUUAUCAUUUAUGUCCUCGUUUUGUUCCUGUAAGCUGGAACCUGUUGCUAAGCCCAUGAAGGAAAUAACACUUUGUAGUAUUUUCUUGCCCAUUCUGCCCAUGUUCUAGCCUUUUGUCAUUAAAAUUAACUGUUAGAUGUGCACAUACGGUCUUAUUGAAAAUAUAGGGAAGGGGAUUAGAAUUCUCCCCUCUGCUGUUCCUUAGCCCCUUUGAGUUCCUUAGAAGUCUAUGGAAAUUUGGAAACUUCUCGCUGGGAAGAUGUAUACAUAC